AUGCCUCAGCGGGCAGCCUCUCCGGCUCAGUCGGAGGCCGAGUUUGAUUUGACAAAGACUUUAUUUGCUGCAGAUGAUGACUCCGAUACAGAGCUUCCUUCAAAGAAGCAAAAACAAAAGAAGAAACCAGAAACACAUGCACAGACACUGGACAUGAUGGCGGAGCUAGAAGGCGAAGAGGACGACGAUGGUGAUGCUACAUUCAUUGCUACCGAGCAAUCAUUGAUGAACCGCAAAGCAUCUGCCUUGAAAGGACGCACAGUAAAGAAGGGCGGCGGAUUUCAGGCGAUGGGCCUUAAUCCUAACUUGUUGAAAGCCAUCACACGGAAGGGAUUCUCAGUUCCAACACCCAUCCAGCGGAAAACGAUACCACUAUUACUGGAUGAUCAAGAUGUUGUGGGUAUGGCGCGCACUGGGUCGGGGAAAACAGCUGCUUUUGUCAUUCCCAUGAUUGAGAAGUUUAGGAAUCACAGUACCAAAGUUGGUGCAAGGGGGUUGAUUCUAUCACCAUCUCGAGAAUUAGCAUUGCAAACUUUAAAGGUUGUCAAGGAACUUGGCCGAGGGACCGAUCUUAAAUGCGUGCUUCUGGUUGGAGGCGACAGCCUUGAAGAACAGUUCGGAUAUAUGGCGUCAAACCCUGACAUUAUCAUUGCUACUCCUGGUCGAUUCCUUCAUCUCAAAGUAGAAAUGAACCUGGAUCUUUCCAGCAUUCGGUAUGCUGUAUUUGAUGAAGCCGAUAGACUUUUUGAAAUGGGUUUUGCGGCCCAGCUCACUGAAAUUCUGCAUGCAUUACCCACUUCUCGCCAAACACUCCUGUUUUCUGCAACACUUCCAAAAUCUUUGGUGGAAUUUGCUCGCGCAGGCUUACAGGAACCAACCCUUAUUCGCCUGGAUGCAGACAGCAAAAUAUCUCCCGAUCUUCAAAGUGCAUUUUUCACCGUAAAGUCUGCCGACAAGGAGGGCGCAUUGUUGCACAUCCUUCAUGACCUCAUCAAGAUCCCAACUGGUGAGACUGAGGCUGGGAAAAUGGCAAAGAAAGAAGCUCAAGAGGGGAAACAGGGAGCCUCGAAAAAACGAAAACGGGCGGAUAUGAAAGGACCAAGCGCACACGGUACUCCCACAGAGCAUUCGACCAUCGUGUUUGUGGCGACAAAACAUCACGUCGAGUACAUCGCCCAUCUUCUUCGGCAUUCUGGUUUUGCAGUCUCAUACGCGUACGGUUCACUCAAUCAAACAGCGCGCAAAAUCCAAGUUCAGAAUUUUCGAGCCGGGAUAUCCAAUAUAUUGGUUGUAACCGACGUUGCGGCUAGAGGAAUUGAUAUUCCUGUACUUGCAAAUGUCAUUAACUAUGAUUUCCCUUCUCAGCCUAAAAUAUACAUUCAUCGUGUUGGACGUACCGCCAGAGCAGGCCAGAAGGGCUGGAGUUACAGCCUGGUACGUGAUUCAGAUGCACCAUAUUUAAUUGAUUUACAGCUAUUUCUUGGACGACGGCUUCUCAUGGGCAGAACGGCUACGGAAAAUGUCAACUAUGCGGAAGACAUCGUUGUUGGUAGUCUGCCGCGAAAGUCCCUUGAAAGCCACUGCGAGUACGUGGAUAAGCUGUUAAGUGAUGAUAUUGAUAUCGAAGGACUACGUUCAGUUUCUAUUCGGGGCGAAAAACUCUACAUGAGGACCCGAAAUUCCGCUUCGGCUGAAAGUGCAAAGAGAGCAAAGGAUAUCGUCGCCGCCGAUGCCUGGGUGACGAUACACCCGUUGUUCAAUGAUGAAUCGAGCAGAUUGGAAGUUGAAAGGGAGCAAAUGCUUGCCAGAGUCGGAGGAUACAAACCGCAGGAAACCGUUUUCGAAAUCAUGGGUAAACGGGGAGGGAAGAGUGGAAAUGAAGAGGCAGUAGAGGUAAUGCGCAAGAUUCGCUCCGUCAUGGAAAGGAAGAAGAUACGGAGGGAGUUAGCGUCGCAGAAUUCGCCGUUGCAAAACUCGAAGGAAGGGAAGAUAGAUGAUGACGCAGGUGGAAACCUGGGUGACAUGUCAGACGAAGAUAUUGAUGCCUCAAUACACGAUGACCCGGAUAUGUCUCUUGCCGAAGAAUCAGACCUGGAAGUGACAUUCUCAUACCCAAAACAAAGCAAAUCCCGUUCAAACGUCGAGAACGGCAAUCAAAGCAACACUUUCCAGAACCCUGAAUAUUUCAUGUCUUACACCCCAACAUCUAUCUCGCUUACAGAAGAUCGCGGCUAUGGAGUCCAUAGCGGCUCAAAUUCGAACACCAAUUUCGUUGAGGCUUCUCGAUCUGCCACCAUGGACCUUAACGGUGAUGAAGGUGCUCGUGGCCUUGGCGGAGUAGGUUCAAUUAAGCGUUGGGACAAACGGCAUAAAAAAUACGUCUUACGUCAAAACGACGAGGAUGGCUCCAAGGGGGAGAAACUUGUGCGAGGCGAGAGUGGAGCGAAGAUUGCUGCAAGCUUCCGCAGUGGCAGGUUCGACUCCUGGAAGAAGGGGAAGAGACUUGGCCGGAUGCCGAGGGUGGGAGAGAUGGAAAAUUCCAAUCUCGGUAAUACCGGGGGUAUUCCUGGAAGGAAAUAUAGGCAUAACAAAGAGCAGGCUCCAAAGGCCGCGGACAAGUAUCGUGGGGACUAUGAGAAAAUGAAGAAGAAGGGAGAGGCCAUGCAAAAACGACGGGAAGAUGCAGGGAUACCGACAUACGGAGGCAAGAAGAAUGUCAAAACUGAGCUCAAGAACUCCGAGGAUGUACGGAAAGCCAGAAAACAGCUGGAAAAGAGGAAAGAGAAGAAUGCUCGACCGUCUAAAAAAGGUAAAGGUCGAUAG